UUUAGAGACGUUAAACAUUGAAUGGGGUCAAAUUGACCCCAAACAUAAUAGGAGGGUUAAGCGGUUCCUGAGAUAUUGAAAUUUGUCCGUUGCAGCACUCCCUUAUGGACAAAAAUCACUAAAUGUGGCGUGCGUCCACAAAAUGUGUAACAAUGCAACAUGUCAGAUGUCAAUUGUCAAUUUGUGAACCUUUACAUUACAAGCUAUUGGCUAGUAAAGCGGUAGUUUUUGCAUUGAACAUUAUUUUGGUGACACGGUUGUCGAGCUAUUGCCUUUAAGAGUGCUUUGAGCAUACCUCACUUCAGGGGGCGCUAGCACGAAGGGGAAAGCCCAACCACGGAUACAAAUCUUAUAUUUGGUAUCAGCCAUGUGGGGCUACAAUCAUGCCAUGCAAGUCGAAGUAGGCCUAUCGUCGAUCGGGGGGGUUGAGAGAAAACAAAAGAAAACAACCGUUGACAAACACAGCCAUCAUAGCAAAAUAUAUAGGCCUAUUUCACUUGCUUAAAUUAGAAUCUACAAUCACCAUAAAUACGACAGUCAGACAUGCACAUUAUGAUCGAUUAAUCAAUUACGUUCAACAUCCAUACUGUUCAUAAAGAGCACCUUGUAGUCACCCGAACCAGCGAAACGGAAAGGUUUUUAGACCGGACUAUUAAUUUGAUAUGCUUUUAACAGUUUUGUCCGCCAUUGCCAAAACCCGGACGUCUUAUUUAUGUUUAGUCAGGCUGUCGUAACACCACACUGCAAGCGGAAGUUCGACAUAGUCGUGAAGUAAUGCUUCGAAGUUACAGGAUUCCGAGAAGAAAGAUGGCCCUUGCAAAGCCCUGCAACAUUUGAGGUUGUUUGAAUAUGACUUCCUCAGAUGGGUUGUAUUCCUCUCCCUUGUGGAAGAUUCCAGAAAACUCCACUCUGUCCUCACCUGCUGCAUCCGUGCCCUCUGGGAACGAAGAAGCAAGUCAGUCUCAAACUUCUGCACAACAGGUGGAGAAAAGAAGCAGCUGGACUACAACUGCAGAAACCCGUUCAGAUAAGCAGCCAGCUACAAACACUCAACCUGUGUAUCCCUCACAUGCUUGUUUACAGCUGACAGAAGUUGUAGUCUGCCAUACACAGGACUCCCAUACAGCUCCAGAACUGCAUGUUCCUGGCUCACUAUCUCCUCCACCAGAGCAUAACUGUGGACCUGUAAGCUCAGAUAACACCCCUGUGGAAUUACAAAAUGGACUUGCUUCAGACAAGUCACCCAGAACACAAACUGCCGAUAAAAUGCUCAGUCUGGAUCCUGUAAUGGCUGGAGGUAUGUCACCACAGCCUUUCAUAGGAUCCAGACACCUUACAGAGACUACAGAAGCACUUGCUGGACAUGGCAGUGUGUUGGAGCAUGGGGAAUGUGUAUUGUUGUUGAGUGAAGCUUGCACAGAUGGGGAAGCUGUCAAACCUGUGCCUAAUGAGGUGGCGGCUGUUGACUGUGUUGAGGAAGACCGCCAGGAACCUUCGUCCACCUCUGCUAGUGAUAGCCCUUUGGAGCUGUCAGUGCAGAAUGUGUGUUUACAGCCGACACAAGUUGUAGUCUGCCAUACACAGCACACCCACACAGCCCCAGCCCUCCAUGUUCCUGGCUCACUAUCUCCUUCACCAGAGCAUACUUGUGGACCUGUAAGCUCAGAUAACACCCCUGUGGAAUUAGAGAAUGGACUUGCUUCAGACAAGUCACCCAGAACACUUACUGCGGAUAAAAUGCUCAGUCUGGACCCUGUAAUGGCUGAUGGGGAAGCUAUUAAACCUGUGCCUAGUGAGGUGACAGCUGUUGACUCUGAAGAGGAAGACCGUCAGGAACCUCUGUCCACCUCUGCUGGGGAAAGCGCUUUGGAGGCGGCAGUGCAGAUUGUGUGUCAAAGUAAAACUGUGGACAGUUUGUUUCCUAACACUUUGGAGGGGGAAUGCAAACAGCCACUUGCUUUAUCUAAUAGAGCAAUUUUAAAUGUGGCAUGUCCAUAUAGUGAACCUUUGACCAAGUGUGCGAUGCACACAGCCUCUUUGGUGGCUUCAGAAGCCUCAGACACAAGUACCAAAGAAAAGCAGACGCCGACAAGAUGCAGUGAAAGAUUACGAAACCGCUACCAACACUGGCAGACGAGUGGAGAUUCAUCCAGAUCAGCAGGAUAUCCCUACAGCCUUAGCGGUAGAAGGCGAUGGGCCCCCUGCAGUAGCUCAUCAGACAGCAGUUCUGCACCUGGCAGUGCCAAGCGAAGUUGCUCUGGGCUGGAGCAAACACCCAUCCCCAGUUCCUCACCAGUGGAGGGCUCCAGCCAGCGUGCCUCGUCUCCCCUCACUGGGCAGACAUCCAUCCCCAGCUUCUCACCAGUGGAGGGCUCCAGCCAGCGUGCCUCGUCUCCCCUCGCUGUGCAGACACCCAUCCCCAGCUUCUCACCAGUGGAGGGCUCCAGCCAGCGUGCCUCGUCUCCCCUCGCUGUGCAGACACCCAUCCCCAGCUUCUCACCAGUGGAGGGCUCCAGCCAGCGUGCCUCGUCUCCCCUCGCUGUGCAGACACCCAUCCCCAGCUCCUCACCAGUGGAGGGCUCCAGCCAGCGUGCUCCGUCUCCCCUCGCCGUGCCAGUCAAGAGGAAGCGAGGAAGGCCACGGAAGAUACAACACCCAGACAUGGUGUCCGCUACAUUGGUAGUCCCAGGUGGUAAAGCCAACAGCAAGUCCCCUGUAGUGUGUCAAAGUACUACGACAGAAGACUGCCUGAAGGAGACUCGAGCGGACGCCAGCCUGUCCUCUAAAUGCUGCCGUCAGAACACAGCGGCAGCAGAGGCGCUAGCGGCUGGUGAAGCUGAAGGCCGAGGGAACGCCGGCGCUCUGCCUGUCCCACCCCUCGCCUCGAGCGCUGCACCUCUGCAAUCAGACUCACAGGAUUCCGAGUUGCCAGCAGCCCCCUCCUCAGACCCGUUCCUCGAGCAGAGUCUGCAGGAGGACCCCAUGCCCCUCACCCCGCUUUCUCUCCAGCAGGAAGAGGAGGAGGAGGAGGAAGAUCCAGAGGAUGACGAGGAGCUCCCCAGCUUUCUGGAGAGAAAACCCUUGUCCAUCACUGAAGGAUUGUGUGUCUGGUGCAAAUUCAGGAAGUACCCUUUCUGGCCUGCUGUGGUCAAAAGUGUGAACCACAAGAAUAAGAAAGCCAGUAUUGUGUUCAUUGAUACUUUCCUGUUUGAUGAAAAGAGAAUUAGAAAAGGCCUCACUGUUUCCCUGAAAACCUUGAAGCCCUUUGAUUGUGAAGAUGCAGAGGAACUGACGGAGCAAGCCAAGCAGCAGUAUGGUGACGCAAUCACAUGGUGCUUGGAGCUCAUAUAUGACUACAGAAUCCGCAUUGGUUGUGGGUCUUUCUCUGGCUCCUUCAUAGAGUAUUUUGCAGAUGACGUCAGCUACCCCCUCAGGAGGAAGUACUCCCAGGGAACCUCUGACCUCACCUUCCCCACGCAGCUCAUCGUGGAUGACCUGUGCGACAGCUCCGAGGAGGACGGUGCCGGGGACCAGGCCGACGAGCAUCAGUGUAAGAAACUGCUCCCGGACCGCUCCAAGGCCGCACGGAACCGGGCCAACGAGAAGCUGGUGGACUUCAUUGUGAGGAAGCGGGGCACAGAGAAGCGCCUGCUGGCGGUGAUCAGUGGCCAGGACACAUCCAAGUGGCUGCGGGCGUUCCAGAAGGCCAGCCGCUUCGUGGUGGACCCCUACCUGGAGGACGAGGAGCAGGUGGACCAGGUGUACCGCUACCUUGAUGAGCUCCUGAGGAAUAGCCCACAUUCCAUGCCGAGCCUAGCCAACCUGGAGAGGAUCCCCUUCAUCUUGGAUGUGCUUCUGCCAGAAGCUCUUAUCUAUGCCAUUGCGGGAGUGGACGAUCUACCCUUGGAAAGGGCUGAGGAGAAGUAUCGAAAAGGCCCCUGCAUAAGCAACCGAGAGAGGCAAGAGUUUAACAUGAAGAUCGAACAGCUGAUGAGGACUGUCAAUCAAUGUUCUAAACAUGUGAAGAUGCACUGAACUACCCCGGGGUGAUCAGUGACCCAGUGGACAGGCUACUCAUGGCCCAUAAAUUGAUUUUUUUAAAGAGUUCCAGGCAUCAGUAGGUUCCCCCUCUCUGUGUUGUGGUCUGUUGCCGUUGGUUGUUGAAGAACUUCAUAUGUUUUGUGUGACUUCAUAUGUUGUGAUGAACUCUGUGCCAUAAUGGGAAUGGGGAUGGGACAGCUCGGUGCAAAACUUGUGGAAAUGUAGUAAAGUUCAGUAGGAGUCAAUGAUUGUGUGUCAAAGAGUCGGCUGUGCCUCGUUUGGACUCGUAUUACCUGGCUUCUGACUGUGUCGCAGAAGUCGUCUGUCCCGAGUGAGGAGGAUCCUCAGAGUACAGCUUAAAAGGGCAGCCUUGCGUUCUGUAUGUGUGUGAUGAUGCGUCUGUUGUGAGCAUGACAUUUGU